UUCCCCGGGAGCGUCGGCCAACGCGGCUUUCACGUGAGUGAGCAUGAGUCUCCUUAUGAUCAGUGAGAAUGUGAAAUUAGCUCGUGAAUAUGCAUUGCUGGGAAAUUAUGACUCAGCCAUGGUCUACUAUCAGGGAGUACUUGACCAGAUGAACAAGUACCUGUACUCAGUCAAAGACACAUACCUCCAGCAGAAGUGGCAACAGGUUUGGCAGGAAAUCAGUGUGGAAGCGAAGCAUGUUAAGGACAUCAUGAAAACACUAGAGAGCUUUAAACUAGACAACACUCCGCUGAAAGCAGCGCACCAGGAGCUUCCGGCUUCUGAGGGAGAAGUCUGGUCCUUGCCGGUACCUGUGGAGCGAAGACCCUCGCCAGGACCUAGGAAACGCCAGUCUCCACAGUACAGUGACCCUAAAGCCCAUGGAAACCGUCCAGGUGCAGCUAGCCGAGUUCACCGCCCAUCGACACACGGCCUUCACAACGAAAGAGGGAAAGCUGUCCGUUGUCGGGAAAAGAAGGAACAGAAUAAAGGAAGAGAGGAAAAGAACAAAUUACCUGCGGCAGUCACAGAACCAGAGGCAAAUAAAUUUGACAGUACCGGAUAUGACAAAGACUUAGUAGAAGCUUUGGAAAGAGAUAUAAUCUCUCAGAAUCCCAAUGUUCGAUGGGACGAUAUUGCUGAUUUAAUAGAAGCAAAAAAGUUGCUCAAGGAAGCUGUGGUGUUACCAAUGUGGAUGCCAGAAUUCUUUAAAGGCAUCAGGAGACCAUGGAAAGGAGUGCUGAUGGUCGGCCCUCCUGGCACGGGGAAGACCCUGCUCGCCAAAGCAGUGGCUACAGAAUGCAAGACCACCUUCUUCAAUGUCUCCUCUUCCACGCUCACCUCCAAGUACCGUGGAGAGUCGGAGAAGCUCGUGCGUCUUCUCUUUGAAAUGGCCCGAUUUUAUUCCCCAGCCACUAUAUUUAUUGAUGAGAUCGAUUCCAUUUGUAGUCGCAGGGGGACUUCAGAAGAGCAUGAGGCCAGCAGAAGGGUGAAGGCCGAGCUGCUGGUUCAGAUGGAUGGUGUUGGAGGUGCCUCCGAGAACGAUGACCCUUCCAAAAUGGUCAUGGUUCUUGCAGCGACUAAUUUUCCCUGGGAUAUUGAUGAGGCUUUAAGACGACGUCUUGAAAAAAGGAUCUAUAUUCCGUUACCAUCAGCAAAGGGCAGAGAGGAGCUACUGCGGAUAAGCCUGCGGGAGCUGGAAUUGGCCGGUGAUGUUGACCUCACAAAAAUAGCAGAGAACAUGGAAGGCUAUUCCGGGGCAGACAUCACCAAUGUGUGCAGGGAUGCAUCCUUGAUGGCCAUGAGAAGACGUAUUGAAGGUUUGACUCCUGAAGAAAUCCGAAAUCUUUCGAGAGAAGAAAUGCACAUGCCCACAACUAUGGAGGAUUUUGAAAUGGCUUUGAAAAAGGUUUCCAAAUCAGUAUCUGCUGCAGACAUUGAAAGAUAUGAAAAAUGGAUAUUUGAGUUUGGAUCAUGUUAAUAAUUCUCACAUGUAACUGUGAGAACCCUGCCUUAAGUGUUUGAAUAAUUAAAUGUACUUUUCCAUUGCACCGAGUGCUAUAUUUUUUUAAACCUCCAUAAUGGUAAAUUUUUAAAAAAGAAGCCUUAUGGUUCUGAAUAAAGUCAUUUUUUUUAAAGCU